AUGGUUUCCAUCGCCAUCUACCUGAUUCCCCUGCGCCUGCCAGGCAUCCAAUACGACCAGGACCUCUUGGGCAGCAGGCCCCAGGCAAGGGACACUGCCAGAAUGGUCGAUUGGCGCCCAGGCUCUUGCCCUGGGCUGUUCGACCCAGACCACGAGUGCCCCUUCAGCCACUAUGAUGACGAUCAAGACAGUCAGGAAACAUCCUGCUCUGUAGAAGCCAGCUCUGGGUCUUCUUCCCAUGCGCCAGCCCCAUUUAACAUCUCUUUGCCUCAGGAGCCACCCCAAGGAGACACCGGGCAGACCAACAGAUGGAGAUUGUCCUGCAGAAAGAGCAGUUGUCCAGGUUCCCCAGCACAGAGCAGUGGCCAGGACACCAGAGAUAGCACGGGCCGCAUUGCUGCCAUGCUUCAACGACUAAAGCUGAAAUCCAGGAAGAGGCAGUGCUUGCAUGAUUGGCCCUGUUACCAUUGGGAGGCUCCAGUGGAGUCUUUGGAAGCAGAGGAUGGCUGGAUGGAGGUGGUUGACAAACGUGAGUUGAGAGAUGGCCAACAGCCCGAGUUUGGUGACCCUGACUUUUUUAGUUUCAGCAUGUGUUACUCGGAUAUUGAGUUGAAAAAGGAGAUUGGGCGGGGGUCGUUCGGGGUGGUGUACAGCGCACUGUACAAAGGUCACCUGGUUGCUGUCAAAGAGUCGCCGGCUAUGUUUAGUGGCGGAGAUGGUGGGAAUGACUUUGUGGAAACGUUACAGAAGGAGCUGACUGUGUUGGAGAAGGUGGGAGGGCACCCCAAUGUGGUGAGGUGCUAUGGCGGCUCCUUCCAACCCCCCAAGGUGUUCCUGGUCUCAGAGCUGAUGCACUGCAGCCUCGCUGAGCGCAUCCACCACUCCAACCCAGCAGGAUCCAUGGCCCUUCCCCUGCCGCUUGCUCUCAGCAUUGUCAAGGAUGUGGCAAAGGGGCUGCACCACCUGCACCACUUGACGCCCAAGGUUGUGCACAGAGACUUGAAGCCAGGGAACAUUCUGUUGGAUGUCCAUGACCAGGCGAAGGUUGCAGACUUCGGUAUCUCACGCUCUAAGCACAGGACGUACUUGAGCACCAGGAACGCCUGUGCAGGGACGCCUGCAUACCUUGGACCUGAGGCCAUUGGGGGCAAGGUGGACGAGAAGAUGGACAUAUACGCCGUCGGUGUCAUACUGUGGGAAUGCCUGACUGGCGACUACCCCUGGGGCGGCAUCCACUCAUAUUUCAUACUAUAUGGAGCGGCGAAUGGCCUCCGGCCACCUUUCCCUGAGUCCAUAUUCAAUGGGAGCACAUGCAUGCGCAAAGUGAAGAAACUCAUACAAAGCUGCUGGGCUGGCACACCUUCCAAGCGCCCCAGCGCCGGGGAUCUCAUAAAGAAGAUUGUAUGCAUAGAGGAACUGUUGGCCCAUGGGAGAUGA